AUGAGGUGCACCCUCUUCGUGCUGCCGCUGUUGCAGUGUUUUGCAGACCUUGCAACUGCGGAACAAGAGGCAGUGGCUUCUCCUUCGCAAGCGAAGACGCAGAACUUGAGGCGACUUCAGGAAGAGGAGGAGGAAGAAGAGAGAGCUCUACCCUCUGGCCUUGAGAUCAAGAAUGGUCUCAAUGAAAGUAUCAAACUGAUUGUGCUUCCGUCUUGGGACAUUUUUCUUGGAUUCAGCGACCGAAGGAAGAUCAUCGAGGGUAGACUCACUGUCAUCUCCGUGUAUGAUAUGGUUGGCUAUGAGUUUGUCUCAGAACCGCAUGCCAUCAUCGAUGUGGAGAAUUUUGGUGAUGGGACCAAGCGGCACAUGGGGACGAUCUCAGUCAAUGACCCCGUGACGCGGAGAGAAUCAGCCAGCACCAGCACCGUCUACAUUGGAGAAUUUGCCCAAGCAGCCAGCCCCAUGUUCGACAUGUCCUGUUACCCUUUCGAUCGAAAGGAAACACAAUUUCGGAUCACCUUGCAGAAACCGGGUAAUAUGAUCUUCGCUCUUUCUCUUGGCUGUGCCAACGGAAUCAGUGGCAAUAAGACAGUGAAUGGCAAGGUGAUUCCCACCUGCGACUUUGGAGCAAAAGGAACCUACGUCGGCUUCGAAUGGGGGAACUUUACUUGUGAGCAAAACGAUGAAGCGCUCAUCACUUGCUUGAUGGAUGGAAUCAGGCAGUCGGAAGCUAUUUUCAAUUCCUACAUGUGGCCUUCGUUGAUUUUUACAAUGAUGGGCUUCUUGGCAUUCGCGCUGGAUGUGAAAAUGUCAAUGCCUAGAGUGGCGACAACCAUGCUUGCAUUGGUUUCAUUGACGAACUUGCGAAAUUCUGUGGUUGCAACUCUGCCUACAUCUGGAAGCAUAAGCUGGAUGGAGGAGUACUUUUUGGUGAGCAAGACCUUCAUGUUCUUGAACCUAGCGGGCCAUGCUAUCUCAUUUUAUUUGGAUGCCAUUGGCAAGAAAGAUUUGCAGAAGCUGAUGAACAAAUUCAAUCUUUGGGGCAUGCUCCUAAUCAUGUGGCUGAUCGUCAUAUGCCGGCUUCACGUCCGGCAAUGCGAAUUGGUGGACUCCACAUUGACCGCUGUCUUAGUGGCACUGCUAAGCAUCGGGGUUUUCACAUUCUACGUUUCUGCGUUGUGGCUUUAUCGUCGAGCAGUGAGGGAGCAAUUCUGCAUGAGCUCAGUGGUUCCAGCUCCUGGCCCCCCACCUCGACUGGUUGCCCUGUCACUUCUGCUUCCCUGCGCAAUGCAGGUCUUGAGGAUGUCCUGUCAAGCAGACCGAUUUGCUCGCAGUGAGCCGAGCAAUGCUUGGCCAGCUGCCCUGGCCUUGGUCGCUGAACUGUUGAGACGAGACUCUUACCCUGAACAUUUGCCUGGAAGUGGGAACAUGAAAGCCAAGUUGCAGCUGCCAAUGUUGAGCUACACCGAUUCAGUUGAGUCUUACUUUGUGGGAAGUGUGACGACCGAUGAUUUUCUUGGGUCUCAUGACCUCAAGCGAGAGAACCUCCAGCAGCUAAAGCUGAUUGCCCAGCGCGAAGAGGCCUUGAAAGACAAAGAAGAAGUCCUCAACCAGGCCAGGACCGAGCUUGAGGCUGAGUACCUGGACCGGCGCCAGAAGCGUCUGGAGCUGGCCGAUCAAGUGCGAGAACUGCACGCUGAGAGGGAUUCUUUGGUGGAGGACAUUGCUUCGUUCGAAGAGGAAAAGGCUGCAUUUCGAAAAAUGACAAAAUCCUGUGAAGUAUCGAAGCUCGAGGCGGCGAGGAUGGAAGCUGAAGACUUGCGUCAGCAGCUUGCAAAGGCACAAGCAGCUUUGGAGCAAAGUCAAUCGUCCCAUGCAGAACUCCAGCAACGCAUCAACGAUAUGGAGACUGAACUGUUCAAGGCCAAGAACGAAGUUGUGGAACUGAGCAAGAGCAAAACUACAGCCAUAGAGGAGCUUCGACAGCGAAUGAACCUGAGGGACCUCCAUACGAGUUGGUGCGUGGCUGCGCUUGGAGAAGAGCAGUUGCAGCUUGCCCCAGCCCAGCAAGAGGCAAUGAAGGCUUGGUCAGAAGCACUGGCAGCGAACGCUGCAGUGCCAUCUGAAGGCCGGCCGGCCAAGAAACGGAAAGCGGCACAUUCGGCAACACUGGAAAGUGUGCACAAGCUUCAGGCAGAGCUGAUGGGCGAUGGUUUUACAGCUCAACGGCUGCUGGAGCUCACUUGCGAGGCUUUGCUGCGAGUGCACUGUCAUCGUGCUAGCACUGUCGAAGAUGCCGGCAGCAGCUUUCGAUUAGAAGAAUUAGCCAGGGAACUGCAUGCAGCUGAGAAGGCAAUUCUUCGGGCUCACAAGGCGAAGCCAGUCAUGCCAUUGCUUGGCUCCGCAGCAGUGGUCUGCCUGAUGGCUUCUGGGGGUGCCCGACGCAGUCGUGCACGCCUAGAGGAGCUGCAGAAGAGGGUGAAAAGUGUGACUCAAGAGGUUGGGAACUUGUAUUACCCUCAGAUGCUUUCGAUGCGUAUCAUUUGUUGUUUUGAGACUUGCUUAUGUUGGCGAAAGAGGCAGCUGUGA